AGCAACCCAUUCCUGACCAUAAUAAAAUGGAUAAAAUAUUUGAAAGAUUAGAAAUAAUUACUCGGGAAGGUGCCCAAAAGGAGUAUAUAUCUGUUUUACUUAAAUCUUUGAAUAAAAAUGAUAGUUAUAAGCACCUAAAAGCACUUUAUACAAAAAUUUUCAAGGAAAUUGAUGAUAUUUCAGCAGAAAUUAAACAAAAUGACAAAAUUCUUAUCAGUGUUAAAAAUCAAAAGCUGUUAAGAACUUGUUUCCAAUUAAUUACAUCAUUAAAUAUUUUGCCUUGUCUUCUACCUGGGCUGGGAAUUAAUAUAUCAAAAAGGUGUGCAUCAGCAACCACAUUACCUGUGUUGAUUCUAACUGAUGACCAGAAAUAUGAAAUGUUGGUUAACUGUGCUGAUUUUUUUACAAGAUGUUAUGAGGUGCCAAUAUUAAAGAAUAUUAUCAUAUCACUACAUUUAGUUGAUUAUUUAGCUAUGUUAAUUCAAUUAGCAUUUGCACCACUGAAAAAACCUGGAGUGUAUACUAAUUACACAAUGACCAUAGACCAAUAUAAUGCACUAAUAAAAGGCCAACAGAAAUACCUUCAAGUUUAUAAGCAUUUGGUGACAAAUUGUUUUCAACCCACUCUAAUGAAAGAAUUGCUUGUCCUACAAAGUGUGACUGAUCCAUCUCCUCCUGUAUUUGUAAAAAGAGUUGUAGCCAAAGAAAUGAGUCAGAGACUUGUUGCUCCAGGAGGUUUGUUAAGCCUUAUCAGAUGCUUCAUAGAGAGCUACAAUGUUGACACAGGGUUUGAAUGGAGAAAAAUUGAUGUAAUCUCAAAGAUAGUGUCAGUCAAACAUGGCAGUGGGCCUGAAGAAAGUUACUUGCAGAAUAUAUGCUCACAGAUAAUGCAAAUACUCUCCCUGAACAACACACACUAUCUCACCACAGUGACUGUGUGUGCUCUAAGCCUUCAAGAGAAAUACCCACAAGCUAAUUGUGUCAAUAGUCUUAUCAAUCACAUUUUCCACUCAUUUUACACAGAGACACUAAAUGAAAGAGCGGAUUUACCUGGCACUAUUAUAUUAACUCCACAAGAUGUGGAGCAUAAAAUAAAUAUACUCUAUGCCAGUGUAUGCACUACAAAGCUUGAUUGUCCUUAUAAACUUUUAUAUCCAAAUCUGUAUAUACUUUUCUUACUAGGUAUAAAUUGCACAAAGAAUGAUGAACUAAGAAUAAAAAUAAAAGAUAUAAUUUUAAAGUGUCUAGAACAGGGAAAUAAAUCUGAUAUUGAUUUGCUGCUAAACCAGUUUCUUUUUGGUCAGAAUGUUGCUUCGAAAUUUGAAAUUGAAGAGUAUGAUGCUGGUUUGUGUAUUAAAUAUAAAACCACCACCACAACUAACUAUCCAAAAGAAGAAGCAUUAUUGUACUUUAUAAAUUUAUUCAAGACUGCAACUGAUAAUCAGUUCAUAGAAUGUGUCUUUGAAGUAUCUUUACAAAUGCUUAUUGAACUAAAUGUUAAAAGACUAAAUAAACCUGAGAAUGAUUUAUUGACUCUAGAAGAUGAUGUGGAUAUUCUAGACAGUACUGAUGAAAAAUAUAUUACUAUACUACAGCUAUUAACUGAAGUAUCUUCAUCCCCAAAAAUCAUCUCUACUCUAAAAACGAAUCCAAGAAUUGUUUUAAAUUUUAUUCAACAUUUCAUUGUGAAUUCUCAAAAACAUACAAAUGAAGAAUGUACUGCUAUAGCACUUGUUCUUUUGAAUACAAUACUGUCGAAUUCUAAUAAAACAAAGGAAUUUAAAGAAAAGUUGCAAGGUUUAAUACCAAUAUUGAAGGCGAUGUCUCAGGACAAGUCAGGUUACAAUAAUAUUCUUUGUGAAGAAGCCCUGUCACUCCUUACAAGUGAAGGAAAAUAUACAUCAGAAACAGAGUUUUCAAAAGCAAUAGUAGAUAUGUUUGAUGAGCUAAUGCCGGUACAGGCUCAUGGAAUUAUAGCUUUGACAAAACUGAUUGAUGCUAAAGACCCUGAAACAAUAUCUAAAAAACAUUAUGUGUUUGUCCUGUUUCAAGAGCAUCUUAAAAAUCCAGAUUCAUACAUGUACCUGUCGGCUGUUAAUGGAAUAGCUGCACUUGGAACUCAUUGCACUGAAGAUGUUUUGUAUGUUUUAUGCAAAGAGUUCCUGCAGAUGUCUAAUGAGGAUGGACUUCAAACUAAGGAAAAUCAAAACAAAAUAGCAGAAUUGAAAAUGAAAAUAGGAGACAUCAUUGUUAAAGUCACAAAGAGACUAGGUGAAAUGGCGAUAGUUCAUAAAACAAUAUUGUUGAACACUAUGCUGUGUGGUUGUCGCGAUGAAGACCCACUGAUCAGAACAUCAGCGUUGUCCAAUUUGGCUGAAAUCGCACUUGUGUUGCAUUACAAGAUUGGGACUAUUAUUUAUGAGGUGUUACAUUGUAUCUGGAGUAUAUUAGAAACAGACAAAGCUAUAGAAUGCAGAAGAGCAUCCGUGAUGGUGAUAUCUAGCUUAAUCAAGGGUUUAGGCAAAGAACUGCUUGUGGAACUAAAGGAUAAUUUACUACCAGUGUACAGAACAUUGAAGGCUCUAUACAGGGACCCUGAUGAAGACUCCGUUCUAAGACUUCAUGCACAGAUUGCUUUGGAAGAACUAAAUGAUAUAGUCAAUGAGUUUAUGUUCCCUGAAGUGAAAAUGGAAAAACAAAUAUUCGUGUUAGAUAAGCCAAAGGAUAUAUUCAAAUAAAAGUCAGUUUUGUCACACUCAAUGUUUUAUCACACUUUAUUCUUACGCUUGUAUACUUACUUAAUUAUAAAUCGCAGUUCUUUGAUAAAUCAAUAAAACAGGCUAUAAAAUCCA